UGCACGGUCGUAGCCGUCAAGCUCACUUGACACAGUAAAGGAAAAAAAAGAACUGUUGCAUUAGGAACGAUUUAUUAUUGUAAUUAGAGCGGUUUAUCGGUUUGUAUAUGCAAUGAAUUUACAGAAUUUCAAAAUCAACGAGUGUCCCUCGAGUGCUUACUAUAUUCCCGAUUUUAUAACACCUGAGGAGGAAUCGAUCAUUCUAUCCAUGGUCGCCAAGGCUCCCAAGCCCCGCUGGACUCAGCUAUCUAAUCGGCGACUUAUCAAUUAUGGUGGUGUUCCGCAUCCCAAAGGUAUGAUUGUAGAAGAAAUUCCUGCCUGGUUACAGAAACAUGUCGAUAAAGUAAAUCAGCUUACCAAGGUAUUCGAGGAUGGACGGAAAGCCAACCAUGUACUCGUCAAUGAAUACCUACCAGGCCAGGGAAUCAUGCCACAUGUGGAUGGGCCACUAUUUUAUCCCACGAUAACAACCAUUUCAUGUGGUUCUCAUACCGUGCUCGAGUUUCAAGAACCGCACGAUCGAGAGAACAGCCAUCCUGAGAAACUAUUAAGAAUUAUUAAACUUUGGAUAGAACCUAGAAGUUUGUUAAUACUAAAGGAUGAUAUGUAUCACCAAUAUCUACACUCGAUAUCGGAGAUAACUGAAGACGAAAUUGAUCAGGAUUUUGCAAAUCUGUCAGUACUCAAACGAGGAAGCUCAAUCGUUCAGAUGGAAGACAAACAAAUACGUGGUACAAGGAUUUCCCUAACUAUACGACACAAAUGCUUAAACGAUAAAUAUCAUGUAGAGAAGUUUAAGUCACAAUAGUAAUAUGUCCUCAGCUUAUUUUUUCCGGAGAAGAAAUAAUUACUUCUUCAUUACCAGGACUAACCGCGUCAUCAAU